AUGACUAUGCUCUGCCUCGUCCAACAGGCAACAACUCCGCAAUGGUAUAAUCAUCGGAGUCAGCAGACGGCGGCGGCUGCGGCGGGCCCGGGCCGCCGGCCGGCGCCGCGGCGCAUAGAUAUGGAUUUAAGAUUAACGAGGGCACGCGGAGAGAGCGCGGGCGGUGGUGGCGGCGCGGGGCGCGGCGCGGCGGGGUGUUUACGUGCGGGAGCGGGCGGCGCGGAUCGAUGGCGCGGGGCGGGGCGCGCGGGCGGGGCGGGGCGCGCCGGCCGCCAGUCCGCCUCGGGGCCGCUGUCUCCGCGGGCUCCCGGCGGCGGCGGCGAGCCUCGCGCCGCCCGCCUCGAUGCGCGCGGCCGCAGUGCGCCCCCGCCCCGCGCCCUCCCCGCGCGCCUGCAGCGCCGCGCGCGCAGCUCCGCUCCCGCGCUGUCGGCUGCCGAGCGCCCGCGCCUGCGCCCCGUCUUCCUCUGGGCGCGCCAGCUCGACGGCACCGUGCAGGAGGUCCGCUGCGAGGACUACGACCCGCGCAACCGCAUCCGCAUAGCGCGUACCGCCUCCGGCUGGCGAGUCAUCCCGCGAACGGAGAUCUACAACUCGAUCCGCGUGUCCGCCCCCACCCCCGCGCCCCCCGCCCGCCGUGAGCGACGCCGGCGCCGGCGCCGCGCCCGCUCCCGCCGGCGGCUGCCGCCCCCGCGCGCGCCCUCGCCCGCCGCCUGGCUGCAGCCCGACCUGGAGUCCCACAUCCCCUCGCACACGAUCGCCGUGCCGCGCCCGCCGCCGGAGCCGACGCCGCUCGACAACCUGCUGGCGGUGGCCGAGCUCGAGUCGCGCGCGACGUGA